AUGGGUAAUUUGCUGAUAAAAUCAAGGACAUCAAUUAAAGGAUUCUUAAUUGUCUCAACUUGGCUCUUUUUAUUUCAUUGUCUCUUGAAUUCAUCAUCAAACCAUCAUUCAUCAAUUACGUCAAUUUUAACUUUGUUGGAAACUUCACUAUCUGAUCAUAUCUCACCACCACGUCCAAUCCAAACAAAAUUAAAAGUAGAACCACCAAAAGGAACGACAGAAUGGUUUAAGAUUGUAAUGAAUGAUGUAGUAUUAUCAGUAGAUGAAUCUGAUGAAUUGAUGCAUAGUUUAAAAUCAUUCAGAACAAUUAUUUCAGACGAAUUGAUUAGAAAAACUAUUGAUCUUUGUAAAAUGCCUAAAAUCCCAACUUAUUCACUUCUAAAUAAAUCUCAAUACUGA